AUGGCAGACUAUGGUGGUCCCGACCAACGCUACCAUGGGUCACGAGCCGCUGGGUACAAUGCUCAACCAGACCACCAAAGAGAUGCCGCCUUCAACAACAUCUUUGGGGGCAUGCCCCCUCCAGGUCGUUCUCACACCAUGACCACUCAAUCCACAAACAUGAUGUACGACCGUUCCGCCUCCAUGACUUCGGCCAACCAACACCCGCAUACCAUGUCCAUGCGGCACGGUCCUGCUCCUCCCAUGCGACCCUUGGCUCCCAACUACGACCGUUCAAACGGAAUCGCCCCGGGUCAACCAUACAUGAACGGUUCCGGUCCUAGUCCUGGUCCCAACGGCAUGAGACCACCACCGCCCGGCAACCAUAUGCCUCCUCCUUUCCCUGACAGACGACCAUAUCCUCCCCCUCAACGGAUAGACACGCGCACCGGUGGUCCCAUGAACAUGCCCAUGGGUGGUGCCUACGAUCGAAAACCCAUCCCCAAUCGGAUGCCUCCCCCUGCCCUCAACAACGACGCCUACCGUUCUCGAUCCAUGGUUCGGCCAGGUGAACCCACCAUGUACAGGCCUCCUCCAAGUAGUUUUCAGCCAGGAACUGCCGGGGCGUUUAGACAACAACCCUAUUCAGCUUCCCCUGGUCCUGGACAACCUCCGGCCUCGAGAACCACCUCUCAAGGGAGACACAUCCCAGAACGAGUCGACGAUGGUCGCGCCAUGUCUAUGGGCAAUUUUUCCUCCAUGGAUCGCGAUGCUCCCCAACACCUGACCAGCGGGAGGGUGGUCCCUGCCCGUCACCGAGAAUCCGAAUCAGACCCUUUCGCAGAUCAGUUUGCCUCACCCGACAGCUUGGGCUCCUUUUCGUCCACAAACUCACCCGCCUACACCCCCGCCACCAGGUCUCGCCGUCCGAGUGAAGGGAGUACCCCCGCCCGCGCGGUAUCCGCCGCUUCUCACGUUUCCAGCGCCUCCACGUCUUCCGACAUGACCACCACCCCGGUCAACGGUUCGCGGGCCGACAGCAUGAGAAACCGACCCACGGCAUCGGCUUCCUCUUCGUCGGGAACAACCACCACGGUCGCUCAGAGGAAGUCUCCCUUGGUCUAUCCUGCGCUCCUCUCCCGGGUGGCCAACGUCUUUCAAGAAAGGAUCGGGGUGGGCGACCGAAGCAAGAAUGACCUCUCCUACAAAAACGCCUUCACUGGUGCCGAGUCGGUCGAUUUGAUUGCCUACAUCAUCAAGACCACCGACCGCAAUCUCGCACUCUUGCUUGGACGCGCCCUGGACGCCCAAAAGUUCUUCCACGAUGUCACCUACGAACAUCGACUCAGAGACGCCCCGCACGAGGUCUACCAGUUUAGAGAGACGAUGGGAGAAGAGGCUUCCUCCAAGGAUGUCAAUGGGGUCUUCACCCUGCUCACCGAAUGUUAUUCCCCCACCUGUACAAAAGAUCAUCUGUGCUACUCAAUCGCCUGUCCAAGACGACUGGAACAACAAGCCAGGUUGAACUUGAGACCUCAACCGGGUCUACGACACUCCAACUCUCGCGGUAGUUUACACGAUACGGACGAUCAAGAACAGAAGCUGUGGAUCAACAGUGUCCCCAAGGAAGUCGCGGAAAAGAUCGACGAAAAGGAACGAAAGAGACAAGAAGUCAUUUCCGAACUCAUGUACACCGAGCGCGACUUUGUCAAGGAUCUGGAAUACCUGCGCGAUUUCUGGAUCCGACCUCUCCGUGGAUUGAGUCAAAACUCCUCGCCCAUCAAGGAAGAGAAACGGGAGAAAUUCGUCCGGACCGUCUUUGGCAACAUCUCGGAGGUGCUGGGGGUCAAUGGGAAGUUCGCCGAGGAGCUCUCCAAGAGGCAGAAAGAGCAACACGUGGUCCACAGCAUCGGUGACGUGUUCCUCAAAUGGGCCCCCCAAUUCGACCCCUUUAUCAAGUACGGCGCCAAUCAAAUGUAUGGCAAAUACGAAUUCGAAAAGGAAAAGAGUGGGAAUCCCGUCUUCUCCCGUUUCGUGGACGAGACCGAGAGAUUGAAAGAGUCGAGAAAAUUGGAGUUGAACGGGUAUCUGACCAAGCCCACCACGCGCCUGGCUCGUUAUCCUUUGCUGCUGGACAACGUCCUCAAGUACACCAAGGAUGACAACCCGGACAAGAAGGACAUCCCCAAGGCCAUCGCCAUCAUCAAAGAUUUCCUCGCCCGCGUCAACGCCGAGAGUGGCAAGGCGGAGAACCAUUUCAACCUGAUCCAACUCAACCAACAACUCAAGUGGAAUGCGGGAGAGUACACCGAUUUGAAAUUGACCGAGGAGAAUCGGGUCAUCCUGACCAAGAUGAGUUUCAAAAAGAGUCCGACCGACAACUCCGAGGUCCAGGUCUACUUGUUUGAUCAUGCCGUCUUGAUGUGUCGGGUCAAGACGGUCAACAAGAGAGAGGAACUCCGAGUCUACCGCAAACCUAUCCCCUUGGAACUCCUCGUGAUUGCGGAAAUGGAUCAAGUCAUACCUCGCCUGGGAAUCGCCAAACGCACGUCGUCGAGUCUGAUACCCAAGCCGUCCGCCUCCAACACACCGGGUCAAAAAGACAUCUACCCGGUGACGUUUCGCCAUCUCGGCAAGGGGGCCUACGAGUUGCAACUGUACGCCACUUCCGUCACGCAGAGGAAGAAAUUCAUCGAGCUGGUCGAGGCACAGCAGAGUAAGUUGAGAGAAAGGAGCAGCAACUUUUACACAAAGACCAUCCUCUGUGAGCGUUUUUUCAAUGCUCAAAAUCGCGUCAACUGUCUGGUCCCGACCGACGGCGGUCGAAAACUCAUCUACGGCACCGACAGCGGCGUCUAUAUCGCCGACCGUUGGCCAAAGGACAAGACCGUCAAACCCAGGAGGAUCCUCGAGGCGGCCCAAGUUUCUCAAAUAGACACCCUCGAAGAAUAUCGCCUGUUGUUGGUUCUCUCCAACAAGACCCUCACGUCGUAUCCCUUUGAAGCACUGGACCCCAACAAUCAAAAUCCCUUGGCGACGCGACCGCGGAAGAUUCAAGGCCACGCCAAUUUCUUCAAGGCCGGCAUCGGCCUGGGACGGCACUUGGUCUGUUCGGUCAAGACGUCCGCCUUGUCGACGACCAUCAAAGUAUACGAACCCAUGGACGACCUGACCAAGGGGAAGAAAAAGCCCGCCCUCAGCAAGAUGUUUACCAGUGGGCAGGACGCGCUCAAACCUUUCAAGGAAUUUUAUAUCCCCGCCGAAUCCACGUCGGUGCAUUAUCUCCGUUCGACCCUGUGUGUGGGAUGUGCCAGGGGUUUCGAGGUGGUCUCGCUGGAAACCACGGAACGACAGUCCUUACUGGAUCAGGCCGACACGUCACUGGAUUUUGUGACGCGGCGAGAAAACGUCAAGCCGAUCCAUAUCGAACGCUUGAACGGCGAAUUCCUUCUCAACUACUCGGAUUUCAGUUUCUUUGUCAACCGCAAUGGCUGGCGUGCGAGACAAGAUUGGAAAAUCACCUGGGAGGGAACACCACAAGCCUUUGCUCUGAACUAUCCUUAUAUCCUCGCAUUUGAGCCCAGUUUCAUCGAGAUUCGACACAUCGAGACCAGUGAGUUGAUCCAUGUGAUGACCGGUAAGAAUGUGAGAAUGUUACAUUCAAGUACGAGAGAAAUUCUAUAUGCAUACGAAGAUGAUGCAGGAGAAGAUGUGAUAGCCAGUCUUGAUUUUUGGCAGAUGGCCCCACCGUGA